UGUAGCAGAAUCUAAACAAGAGGCAGUACUUCGUUGAUGUAGCUAGCAGGUCUAGCAGCGGUUUGGUGUAACGUUUUGGAGCUCUGUAGAAACAUGGAAGAAGUGACAGGAGCUCAGCUGAUUGCUGAGUCUCUAAAGGCUCAGAAAGUGGAGUACAUGUUCGGGAUAGUGGGUGUUCCUGUCAUUGAAGUGGCCAUGGCUGCUCAGGCUGCAGGCAUCAAAUAUGUGGGAAUGCGCAACGAGCAAGCGGCGUGUUAUGCAGCUUCUGCCAUCGGUUAUCUGACUGGCAGACCAGGAUCCUGCCUGGUGGUGUCUGGGCCUGGACUCAUCCAUGCUCUGGGUGGAAUGGCCAACGCAAACAUAAACUGCUGGCCGGUGGUUGUGAUUGGAGGGUCCUCGGAUCGAAACCAGGAAACAACUGGAGCUUUUCAGGAGUUCCCACAGGUGGAGGCAUGCCGCCUGUACAGCAAGUUUGCUGCACGACCCAGCAGUCUAGAAGCCAUCCCCUCAGUGAUAGAGAAGGCGGCCCGCACAAGCAUGUAUGGGCGUCCAGGUGCUUGUUAUGUGGACAUUGCGGGAGACAUGGUCAAUGCCAAAGUGGACAGAAGUAAAGUCAGAGAAGUGUCCUGCUGUCCACCUCCACCAGUGAGUUUGGCUGAUCAUGAUGAAAUCACCAAAGCUAUCUCUGUCUUAAAAACAGCAAAGGCACCUUUAAUCAUCAUUGGGAAAGGAGCAGCCUAUGGCAGAGCGGAGACUGUUCUGAAGGAGUUUGUGGAAAUGAGUGGCCUUCCAUUCCUGCCCACCCCCAUGGGGAAAGGAGUCCUACCUGAUGACCACCCCAACUGUGUGGCUGCUGCCCGCUCAAGAGCUCUUCUCCAGGCUGAUGUGGUGCUUCUCCUUGGAGCCAGGCUCAACUGGAUUCUACAUUUUGGUCUGCCACCUAGAUUUAACCCUGAUGUGAAGAUCAUUCAGGUUGAACUUUGUCCUGAAGAGAUGGGUAACAAUGUGAGGCCAGCUGCUGCUCUCCUGGGAGACAUCAACGCUAUUGUCACUCAGCUCCUCGCAUGUGUUCGUAAAGAGGGCUGGAAGUAUCCCUCUAAUACAGAGUGGUGGAGCACACUGAAGGAGAAGAUAGCUGCAAAUGCAAAAAUGUCAAAGGCACUUGCUCUGAAGGAAACAUUGCCCAUGAACUACUACACAGUGUUUCAUCACAUUUCCCAGCUGCUGCCACACGACUGCAUCAUUGUCAGCGAGGGCGCAAACACCAUGGACAUCGGGCGCACAAUGCUGAAUAACUACCUACCUCGACACAGGUUGGAUGCUGGCACCUUCGGGACGAUGGGAGUGGGCCUCGGGUUUGCUAUAGCUGCAGCUGCCUUGGAGAAGAGCGAGAACAGCGGCCGCAGGGUCGUCUGUGUGGAAGGAGACAGCGCCUUCGGAUUCUCUGGCAUGGAGGUUGAGACUAUGUGCAGGUAUAAUCUCCCUGUGGUCCUUAUUGUGGUCAAUAAUAAUGGCAUAUACAGCGGCAUGGAUCCUAAGACAUGGAAAGAAAUGGCAAAAAUGGGAGAUCUGACCUCUAUAGCCCCUCCCGUGUCCCUCCUCCCUGAGGCCCGCUAUGAUGAGGUCAUGACGGCGUUCGGAGGUCGAGGUUUUCUGGUGAGGACGGUGGAGGAGCUGCGCAGUGCCUUACAGCUUAGCCUGAGCGACUGGGAAAAACCAAGCCUCCUCAAUGUGCUUAUUGAUCCUUCCUCAGACAGAAAACAGCAGGAGUUUCCUUGGCUCACUCGCUCCAACCUCUAAUGUCCAGAACAUUAUCAGAACAACAGUGAAGAUUUCCUUCAGGAAAGUGGAAAUUAUGAAGCUGCUUUUGUUUUUUGUAAUUAUUUCUGUGAAAUAACCAUUUUUAGUGAUUCUUACUACACUAUAUUGUCAAAAUCAACUAAAUAACACCACAAUAAAACAUUUGUACACAUUA